AUGGAGCCCUCCGGCCCGUGGCUCCAGAUGGUGGGCCUUCCGCUCCGGGUGGCGCUGGAGCCCCCGCCUGGAGGCCUGCAUCACGAGCCGUGGAGCGCCACGGACGUCACCCAUGGGGCCCUGGCGGCCUCGUCGCCCUUCCAGCGCGCCGGCCACGCCCGCCACGUGUCCUACGGCAAGUGCUUCGGCAGGCCCCUGCCAGCGGGCACCGGAGUGGGCUGCCGCGUGGUCUGCGAUGGCACCUCGCCGUGUUUCCAUGCUGCCAGGCGCGCGGCAGUCGUGGAUUGCGCGCACCCCAUGUACAAGUAA